AAACCUAUACAUUUAACAUAACUAAGGCGAGCCGGUGGAUGUACCUUUUAUCUGUUUCGUAUAAAGGAAGCCCUAGUCGAGUCUCUGUUUCUAGCUUAGGUUUGGUUUCAGAGGAAGGAAGGAAGGAAGGAACGAACGAACGAAGAUCAAAUCGAAGAGGGGUUUCAUUAGGAGGAAGGAAGGAUGUAUCGUGACAAAAAGGGAGAAGCCUUUGUCUCUGAUUGCCGAAGUAAAUUGUAUGAGAUGGUGGAUGAUCCUUCAACAGAUUCAAUAGUUUCGUGGAGCGAGAGCGGGAAGAGUUUCAUCGUUUGGGAUGACGUGGAGUUUAGAAAAGCUCUUCUUCUUCCCGGAGGGUGCCUUGGAUACUUGGGCUUUUCACAAUCUCAAUCUCAAUCUCAUGAGCAAUGCGAAUACGCAUGCCCUUAUUUUAUGAGAGGCCAGCCUGACCUUAAACCGUCACAAGACGACCUCAUUAGAAAGAUUGAGACCGACAACAACAAGGGCUUGGACAGUAGCAAUGAUGAUGGACUUAUUCGCUUUAGCAGCCUUUCUUGCUACCAAGAGAUGGCUAGGCUUGCCAAGAAGGAGCGUCCCCCUUCCUCAUCAAUUCGAUGCCCUCCCCCCCUUUUCAUCAGAGACGUGUACGAUAUGUUGGAUGAUCCUACAGUUGAUUCAGUUGUCUCGUGGAGUGAGAGCGGCAAGAGUUUCGUCGUUUGGAAUGAAUCUAAGUUCCUCGGAGAUGUUCUUCCUAGUCGCUUACCCUUCAAUUACAAAGAUAUGACAUCCCUCACCACCCAGUUUCAUGCCAUUGGCUAUAAUAAAGUUGAAGAAUCUGAGCAUUGGGAAUACGCAUCCGAUUAUUUGGUGAGAGGUCAGCUCCCCCCUCCUAAGGAUAAAUCCCCAUGCACUCCUGGGGGUCUUAUGAUUACUCCAGAACUUGCCAGACUCAUCGAGAGAUCCUUUGCUUGCUCGCAAACAAUAAGCUAGUUGCUCUCCUCUCGUGGUUGUUGUUGUUGUUUUCUUAAUCGUAUUUUAUCGUCCUGUUUGAAAACAUUAUUAUGUUUGGUCUCUCUCUUUUCUUUUAACUUAUGGUUUGUAAGAUACAAAGAUGGUUGAUGUUUUUUAUUUUUCUUUUGCAUUUUUAAUAAGAUAGAUCAUUAUGGUUGA